AACACAUCUUGGUGUUUGGCUCAGCCACAUGAGUCUUAGUGUUGCCCGCAGACUGUGGUGGCUCCAUUGAAGGCCGAGAGGGACGAUUCAGUAGCUGCAUUCUUAAGUCACACCAAAGAUGUGACUUGCUUGUGGGCGAACAUAUUCAGAUCAUCACGCAUCAGCAGCAACCGGGGCGAGUCUCUUGAAUGCAGUGUAUGAGGUUAUCAGUUCUGUGAACUAAGUGCUCCAAUCCAUGCCAUCUGCACUUCUCGACCGACUCAGUUUCUGCUACAAUGCUUUGCUGCAAGGCAAGAACCCCCUUGAAUUCGUUGAAACGGUAUGAAACGGUGAUCAUUAACCGAAACAUCAUGCAACAUCAUGAAACAUUCACAGAUGGUCCUCGUGGCCGCGCUUUUUUCGACGAAGCCCUGAGGCUGAGUUUGGUGGACCGUCCCAGCGCCAGCAUCGAGGCGGAUGUUGUGGAGGCGCCAGAGGUCCUGCGGGCCCGGGAGCGUUCCUCGCGGGCGAAGAUGAAGGUGGAGAGAUCCGUCGAACCGGUGGAGAAGGUCCGCCGGCGGCUGCGACACAAGCAGCCCUGCGAGGCCUAUGGAGCAGGUGUUUUCAAGAGGCGGCGGUUCAGCUGAUGACGGCCACAUGGAGGAGCGAACCUGGCGACCCGGGAGUGGCUCCAAGCGCCCGCGGGGCGGGGAGUUGGGGGAGGAUUGGAGGACUUGGCGGCCUCAAUCCGGAAGCAAA